GGCAGCGCGCGGGACUGACCUCGGCCCGCAGUCGUGAUACGAACACCCGUUCGGGCAUAUCGCGCGCGCACACCCGCGAUUUUCAUCGAAGGUGGCGGCAGCGCCAGCGGUGGCGAGUCUAUCCCCUCAACCGCUUGACGAACGAACGAAAAAAAAAAUCAUCCAAAAUGACUCAAUGUGACAAACACUGUUUGUGUUCUUAAAUAUGAUAAAUUUAUUAGUGUUGUAAAAAAAAAAACAAAAAAAAACGACUUAUACUGCCAGGCAAAUCGUGUGUUCGUCAUCGUUAUCAAUUAAAUUAAACGAAGUUAGUUUAAAAAAAAGCAAUUUCAUCGUAGAUAUAAUUAAUCAACUAGCAAUUCGUAAAUUUAAAUUUGAUGUCGGACUUUAAUCGUUAGAAUAUAAAACCGAAAGUGCAUGCAGACUGGCGAUUAAGUCGAGUAAAAGGAUUACGGUGCGAUAAAAAGUGUCGGCGAAAUAUUUGCGCGCCCUGCGUCCGUGGCACCGACGACGACGUGGGUCGAGGACGCCGCGUGACGGCGACGCAUUCGAAUCUGGGUCACUGUGUUAAAUUAAAUCUGCGUCGGGUUUGGACAGCGGCCGUGCGUGAGCCGGCUAUUAUGAAGCGAGUUGUGAUAUUGCGACGCGAUUGCUUAUUAAUUAAAGCAAUGUAAAUUAGCGUAUAAUUGCGAACCACGACGAUUACAAGCGCAACACGAGCAAAAACACCCUCCACCCAAAUCGUCUGUCAGAUUAAGAAUGAAACGAUUGCGGUAAGAGGUGAGAUUAGUGUUGAAAUACGAGAAUUCAGCGAGAGGGGACCAGCGCCAUGGGAUACUUUAAAAAGUGUCAAUGGAGUUGGAGCCUGGCGUUGAUAACAGCGCUGGUGCUGGGGUGCGCCGCGCAGAAAUCGAAAUCCUGCAAGCUGUCAGAAUUCAAGUGCGAUAAUGGCAAGUGCGUGCCGCUGACGCGCUUCUGCAACAACGCCAACGAUUGCGGAGACUCAACGGACGAACCGCGAUAUUGCACACCUUGCAAUAGAACGUUCUACGGAGAAGUGGGUAUAACUUACGACAUGGAACUGCACCGACCAAAGGAGGACAAGAUUCCCUUCAUCUGCCUGCUGACGUUCAAAGCAGCCGGCGGCGAUUACGGCGACUUGGUGCAGUUGACAUUCGAUAGUUUCACCCUGGGUCGAUUUGUUUCGUUCACAUCGGAUGGAUGUCCGGAUGGCGCGCUUCAAAUAUCUGAAUCCGAUCGGCCUCAGGUCGGCGGAUCCUGGUGCGGUACCUCAUGGGGCCCGUCCAUUUAUUACAGCGAGACGAAGAGCGUAACCAUCACCGUCAACCUGCUACGAUUGUCCAAAGAUCAGAGCGGAUACAAUUUCGACUUUCGCAUGGAAUACAAAUUGCUCAAGAAGAAAGCGGCCACAGUACGAUAUGGCGGAGCAAUACCGUCGAUAGCAAUCAAUCCAAACACCACUGCGCCAUCGGUGGAGCCCGAACCCGAGUACUACCUUGGCGACCUCAUCACGGGUACUUACUGCUCGCGCAUCUUCAACGACUGUGAUAGAAAACAUUGCCGACUGCAAUCGCCCAAUUUUCCCGGAGUGUAUCCCCGCAACCUGACGUGCUACUACGCGGUGCGCCAGCACGACGUGCCUUCCGGCAAGCACGCCCUCAUCACGGUGCGCCAGCCGAAAGGUCAGCUUAUCUCCAUCCGCAGUCAGUCGGCGCUAUAUGGCACGGCGAGCACGCGCGAGCUCAAGACGUGGAACGCCUGCGACGACGUGCAAGACUACGUGACCGUGUACGACGGCUACACCACGCGCGAUCCUGUCAUACUGAAAUUCUGCGGAGGUGGCGAAGCUGUGCCCGAGGCUGUGUCCAGUGGGCAUGAGCUGCUUGUGGAAUUUUCCACUUCACCCUACGGCACAUUUUUACAUCCGACGCCGGUACAAUCUCUACACGGGUUUCAGUUGGAAGUGGAGGUGACGUUUGUCGACCAGACGUCUCCGAGUUUCGUAAAGAACAAACGCAGCUGUGAGUUUUGGAUACGUGGUACCAAUAAAGGUAUCCUCGAAAGUCCAAUGCACUCCUUACCCACAAACACCACGUGUCUAUACCAUCUUCAAGGAAUGGACACAACCAUUUCACCUUCCCCAGUCCCCCUAUCACCUCGAUAUUCAGAUGGCUUCUGGAGACAUCGUGCUAUAGUCUUCCCACCUCCCAGAUAUCGUGUUUGGUUAAGCGUUGUCAAAUUUCACGUUGCCGGUACCAAUGACCUCCAAAAAUUGGACCAGGAGAUUUGUCGCAGUUUUCUGAACGUGUGGGAUGGCCAGCAGUGGACCGGAACGAAUUGCAACGAUUUGUUUUGCAGUAAAGAUAAGAUAAAGAACAAAGCGCCGAUCGGCACCAGUAAGAAUGUCACACUGCUGGCGCGAUAUUGCAAAGAGCAUGUGCCUCGAACGUGUGAUCACUCGAUGUUGGCCAACGAGACGCGUUUCCCGCGGCCAUGUUCAUUAUCCGAGAGCUUCCUUUCUACGGGUGAUAGCCUCACCCUGGAGCUGAAACUUUCCGACUCAUCGGCGCUGAGACCUGUGAAAUUUAAAGCGCUCUACGAGUUCGUGGAUCUCCACCUCGACGGGGAACCGUUUGGCGAGGGAUUGUGCAAUCGGAAAUUCACCAGCGCGCAGGAAUCACAAAAGUUUCGCUCCCCUCGAGACAUUUUCCUCUAUGGACGAGGCGGUGCUAAGAAUCUAAGCUGCGUCUACCGAUUCGAGGCCGGCAAAGAGGAAAAAGUAAAGAUCACGAUCACAAAACUGAUCAUCAAGGGACGCAGCUGUGAGACCCGCUUCUCGAAGGACCUCGAACGCUAUCAGUGCUUCGGCAAUGCGACAGCGUCGGUGCGCGCCUUCAAUGUACCAUGGAACGACGCACCGGGCGCCCCGCGUGAUUGCUUUUGCUCCGGCGGCGGCAUGAAGGACGCCAUGAUGCCGUUCAGCUUCGUUUCCACAGCAAACGUGGUCGAGCUGCGCUUCGACGUGAUCAACAUGAACGCCAGCGAUGACUUCACUACACUCUUCUUCGAAGGCACGUGGAAAUUCAUACGUGCGCCCACGUGCAGAAGCAAUUUGCGGCUGCACGGCGCCAGUGGUGAAAUAACUUUCACUCAUCCGGCGGAAACGGCGAACGACGUGAACUGUGAAGCGUAUCCACGUGCGGUAAUCCCAUCGGCCAAUAAGUAUUUGUACGUGAAGCUGAGCGGCGCUUUGAUGAAAUACUCGAACGCGCGCGGUAACGUGACCGUAACGCAGAAGCACUGCGGCACCUCGAAUCGCAUCUCGGUGCACACGCCGCGUUACUCAGCAACCAUAUGCCCGUACCUGGCGUCAUCCAGGCGGCAUAAUCUGGUCGAGGUGUUUUCCGAGGGGUGGAAAACGACGAGCAAAUCGCCGGCGUCGACGCUUGAACCACUCGACAAGGUGACGAUCGAUCAGCUCGGCAAAGAGCUGUCGCGUAGCAUCCUCGUCGAAUUCCACGGCCGCGAGGAAGGCACGUACUCGGUCAUGUGGUUAGAACUCUCCAAAAGGAAAGAGCUACCACCAAAUGGAGUGGGUCUUCUCUUGAUGAUGCAGGAUGAGUGUCUCUAUCGUUGUCCAGAGUUGGACGCCUGCAUCAACUCGAGCGUCUGGUGCGAUGGCAUGGAGGACUGCCCAUCCGGAAUUGAUGAAUCCAUUACACACUGCUCGAUACUCUUUCAACUGCCACCAGUUUAUCUCGUCCUCGGACUGUUCGCGCUGAUCGCCGCCAGCGUCGCGACGAUCAUGGUCUUCUACAAAAGCUGCCGGCGAAGACCGUCGAUAUUACAAACGCGAUUGAAAAGUCUUUCUUCAUCGGACACUGCCAUCAUCGACGAGAAGGGAAUGAUUUGCUGACACAGCGACAAUUCCGUGCGUUAUGUCGAAGUGGACCGCGUCACGACAGUGUGACGCUGGUGCAUCGCGAUAUAAAUGGCGGAAUUGUGAACCGGAACAAAACAAAACACAAAACCAACCAUCACUCAUUAAAACUCAUACGCACCAUUCGAAACAUGUUCGUUGAUUACUUGAGAGGUACUUUUACGUGGGUUAUUAUAAAAGAUACGACGAUAACAACGCGGAAAUUUAGCAAGGAAUGAAUUUUUAGGACCAAACAUUUUACUGAGAACAAAAGCGUUCAUUAAUUUUAAGGCUCAUUUCAUCAAACAUCUCCACAUCUCUUCAUGCCAAUAUAUUCAUCAAACAAAAAUUAGACGUUUGUGAUAGAAGUUUGUAUUCGCGAAGAAUUUGCAGCUGGAGAAACAAGGAUUGAGUUUUGUUAGGCUGAAGCGCAAAAUUUAGGAAAUUUUACUCAUAACACUUUAGCGAAUACUUAACACUUAAUAAAUUUUACUACGAAUAUUUUACGAUUACGCGGUGGCGACGUAACAAAUCAAAACGUUCCAAUCAAAAUCUAAUCUUUUCUGCUGUGCUCGUUUACUUUUCAUGUGUUUUUUGAUUGAAAUUUUACUCUACUCGAAAUGUUUGUAAAUAAAGAAGUAAAAAAAUGUUUAAAAUGUGAACAUUGCCAUUGUUCAGCAUCCAUUACGUAUUGCAAACCAAAAUAUUAGCGCAACUAUUUAAGUAAAAUCGAUAAAUUAAUUACAAGUAUAACGAUGUCGUUUCUAGCGAGAAGGAUCGUGGUAGCCGACGUGUAAAUACAAACGAUUAUUCUCGCGACAUCAUCUUUAGCACUUUGUACGUUCAGUACAAUGACUGAUAAAUUGCAGAGUAAACGUAAGUUAUCUAAUAAUAUAUUUAAGAGAAAUGACAUAGUUAAUUAUGCGACAAGCGACAAGAUGGUAUAAACUAUAGUACAUAUUCGGGUUGUUCAAAUAACAUUGGCGUGAAAGUAACGACAACAUUGCGACACUCACUUGUUCAUCUACACAACUGAAACGAUUCCGCGCAUCUUGUUGUUACUUUUACGCAAGAAUCAAUUUUUGUAUCUCUCAGAUAAGUGGAAAAUAUUACCGACAGCGUAACAAAUCCAAAUUUUAAAAGUGAAAUGUUACGGAGCGCAGAAUGUGGUGGAAAAUGGCUCGAAACUGAAGUAAUAAAGUAAUUAAAUUAGUUGCAUAGAAAUAUAGACAAAUAGUACUGAAAGAAAUCUAAUAAAACCUUAGCAAAUUACCUAAUUACCUAAUUAAUGCAAAAUGAAAUAUAACGAAAACUAAUAAUGAAUUAUUGACAUGAAAAAAAACUAUGAAGAUACAGAGAAAUGAAAAAGAAGAAAAGAAGAAGAAUAAAACUACUAUUACAUUGUGAACAUUCGCAUAUCCGCCUCUUGAAUACUUCCAUUCGUUAUGUUGUUAUCUCAAAGUUUUAUGUGAGUUUUUGAUCGGUUCUAUAAUUCGAUAAGUUCGCACGAAUUAAAUUCGACAAUCGAUUGAGAAACCUGCCGUUGAUUUCAUAUCAAAAAAAAAUCUUAACACGUAAUUUGUAUUACUUAACUUGUGUUUGCGGUCAGGUGUCUGACAAUAAAUCCAAAAAAAGCUAUAAGUAAUAUUAUAUUAUUUAUAUACAGUAAUAAAAAGUAUAAAUGAAGAAACGAUUUAUUCAUUGCAAAAGGAGAACCUAUGUGAAGAGACAUGUUAAAAUACGAAAAAUUCCUAAUAAAGUUACUAAACAUUCCAUUGUGAAGUAAAUAUAUAGUAAUUGAAUCCAACACACACAUACACAUGCAAACGGGAUGCGUAGAUUUUUGAAAAUGUAUUGAUUACGAUAACGGUGUUAUCUUGGAAUUCAAAUUGAACAGGAAAACAGGAUAUUGUAAUGUGACUGUUACUAAAAUAGAAAUAAAUUAUUUUAAAAA